AUGAAUUACACAUUAGAGGGAAAAGUUAAAAUAGAUUAAUUUCUGCAAAUACUCAAAAUUUUCUCUUAUCCUAUUAUUAUAUGUGAUGAUGAAAGUAUUUAACUGAUUUUAACUAAAAGAAAUGCAAUUUUCAGAAAUAAUGGAGAAUUAAAAAUUUAAUGAACUCAAUAAAUCAGAUAAACCUGCUAGCUUUGCUUAAAUAAAUAAUGAUUUCUUUAAUGAAUUUCAAUCUUAAAUUAGAGAAAACCAUCUUAAAUUUGCAGAAACUAGUUGCCUAAACAUAAAAAUGUAGCAAGAUGUUUGUUUAUUAAAUUCUUAAUUGAACUAUAUUUGCUGUUAAAUUCCAAUUGAUAUAAUAUAUAAAGCAUUAAAGCCAUUAGCAAAUUCUCAAAUAAAAAUUUUAAAAUUUUCUUUCACCUACCUACUAAUAGAAAAAAAUUAUGAUAACAAAUACAUUUAAUUACAUUUUAUAGUAGGAGCAUACUCAGAAAAAGGUUUCUUUACUAUCAUGAAACCAGUAUAAUUGCUUUAAUAAAGGGACAUAGAGCUCCCAAAUUUAAAAAAUAAAUUAAUUACUAUAAAUUAUGAAAAUUGCAAAACAAUAGCUUAGCAAAUGAAAAAAUAUCCAAUUGAAAUGAGUUGUAAUGUUGAUGAGAUAUCAUUUUCUCCAUUAUCUAUGGAUUCAGAAUAAAUUGAUAUCUGGUCUGGAGCUUUGCCAUAUUAUAAUUCAUCUUUUGUAGAAGAAAUUUAUGGUAAUUUAAUUAUUUAAGCUAUAUAUGCAAAGACUUAUAAUCCAAUUUUAAGUUACAGUUAAAAAAUUAAAUAAGAUUGCACAAUUUAUAUCACUCCUGUUGAAGAUGAUUCAAAAGUGGCCCUUUUAUAUUUUGUAGCUAGUGAAUAGAAUAUUAUUAUAUGUAAUAGAUAGCAAAUUAUAACAAAUGAUGAUUCAAGAUAAAAAGGUAGAUUGUUUUCAAAUUUAAGCGAGGAUAUGAUCUAAGAAAUAGAAGAAAUUGGUAGUUAAAUUGAGAAAAAGUUUUCUUAAAUCUAAAUAACUACAAAUGUGAAAGAUAAUUACAAUAGUUGCUAUGACAAUUAACCUUUAAAAAUGGCAUAUUCAACUAUAGAGGAUAACAAUAGUAAAAUGUAUAGUACAAUCAAUUAGAAGGAACCAUUAUUGUUUAUUCCACCAAAAGUGACAGGAUCAAUUAACGAUGCGAUUUUGGAUUACAUGACUAGAAAUUCAUGUAAAUAGACAGCAACUACUUUAUCAAGAUAUAAAUCAAAUUAUUAAACUUGA